GAACAUUUUAAAAGAAAUAGAAAAUGGGAGAAGUCAACCAUAAAAACUAGCUAUUUUGGUUUUACCCCAAACCAUGCAAUAAACAGUUACAUAUAUUGGGACAAGACAAAUAAAAUAUUUAAUUUGUGAAAUGUCAGCAUGCAGAAUGCCUAUAAAAAAGUGCUUUCUGGUAGGUAAAUCUUCCAUCUGUUCACCUAAAUGUCACAAGUUUUAACUUGAAAUUUGUCAAAGAUGGCAUGAAGAAAUGACACAUGUUGGGUGAUGUUUGUAUUGUAGUGUAGCUGCAUCGUAGUUAAAAAAACAAAACAAAAAACAAACAAACACUAAUGUCCCAUGGCUGCCUCAUUAAUAUGACAUUUAAAGAUUUUGUUUAUAUUAGCAUAUAUUUUUUAAUGAAGAUAUUUGUUUACAGGUUGUGGUGUUUAUAUUUGUUUGUGCUAACCAUUCUUCACUGACCUGGUUUUGUGGCUAUUCACCAAGGCUGUGUUUGCACUGUAAGUUUGCCUAUAAAAGACCAGCUGUAUUGUUUUUACGAGCCACCUUGUUCAAUCCUUUUCAUCACUGACGCCACAGUAUCUUUAGAAUAAAAUAUAUACCCUAUCAAUUUAUUUAUUCUAAAUCUUUAGAUUUUAAAACCUUACCAUUUAAUUGGCUAAUUGUAAUUAUCACACAGUGCAAGCUCAAAUGAUGGUGACACAACAGUAGAGGUUGCAAAAUCACACAUUGCACCCCAUAUCACCUGCAGUUAAAUGUAUGAAUCAAGCAGGAUGUGCUGGUUAUUUUAAAAUACCAUUAAUGGUAGCCCACUAUUAAGAAACAGACCAACUGUCAUUCACCUAUUCUCUCCUCGUAAAAAACAUUAAUGACAUCAAUGCUAAAUGCUUACACAAUUUUUGCGAAAGUUUUUGUGUAUAAACAUAAAUUUGCCCUUCAAUCAUGCUUGAAUUUGCUAGAAAUUAAUUGCUCUAAUGGUGUGGCAUGGUGGUGAAACAUCACAGCUCCAAGGUCUCUGGUUUGAGCCUGAGCUUGGGUUACCGGAGUCUGUUCUGUUUCUGUGCAUGUUUUUGCAGUGUCCAUGUGGAUUUCCUCUGGGUUAUCUGGUUUCCUCCCCAAAUCAUGAUGGAUUGAUGACUUUAAAUUGCCCACAGGUGUAAAUGUCUGUGCAUGGUUUCCUGCAAUUAAAUGGUGACUCAUCCAGUGUAUACCCAGGAUAGGUUCCUGACACUUGCUGAAGAUGAAUAACUGUUGUAAUUAAAUAACUGUAUAAUUAUAAAUAACUGUGAAAUGCAUGAAUUCUUACUUAAAUCGCCCUAUUCAUGUAAAGUAAAAGGAAUUUGUAAUGGCAACAGUAAUUUAUUAAUUUUUAUAGUUGUCUGUAGCCUGUGGCAAGUGACACCACCCGGCUCAAAUUAUUGAAUUAUCUUAUACUGCCCCCUUGUGCAAAAUAUGUGUCAACUGAAUAACAGUAAACAAUAUGAUAGACAAAUGUAACAUUAAUCUUUUUAUUUAAUAGCAUUAUAAUAUUUUAUUACAUUAGUUUAAUAUAAUAGUAUUAUUAUAUUUUUUAAGAGUAGAAGUGAGUUAAAGAUUUUUUUUACACCUUAAAAUAAAUAAGACUGAAAAAACGAAACACUUCCGCCUCCUAGCCCCACCCACUUCCUUCAUCACAUGACUGCGCCAUUGGGUACUUCCUGAACUGCGUACUACGAUACUAAAUAGUAUCUCAAAAUAGUACGCGACCCAUAGGUGGCGUGUUGCUUCAACCGCACUCUUUAGUAUGUUAGUAUGCGGUUUUGGACAUAGCUGUUGUCUCAGGUAUUAAUCCGCCCAUAACGGUAGCGCCAGCAGCCAUGGCACAGGAUGGUGUUAUUUUGCAAUUCAGUUUCGCCACAUUUGGUGACUCCAUGCUCCAGAAGAUGGACGUGCUUCGAAAAGACAGACGUUUCUGCGAUGUCAUUGUGCACAUCAAUGACAUCGAGAUUCCUGGUCACAAAGUUGUGUUUGCUGCUGGCUCUCCUUUCCUCAGAGACCAAUUUUUCCUUCAGGACUCGCACGAAGUUGAGAUAUCGACACUGCAGGAUGCAGAAGUUGGACGCAGACUACUUCUCUCUUGCUAUACAGGGACUCUUGAGUUCCCGGAGCUGGAACUGGUCCACUAUCUGACCGUAGCCAGUUUUUUACAGAUGGGCCACAUUGUGGAGCAAUGCACAAAGGCCCUGAAUAAGUUUAUUAAGCCUCAGAAAAUUGAGGAUUCCCAUCAGCCUUCUAACAUUAACACGCAGCAGCAAGAGCCACCACAUAUUCAAACAGUGUUUGAUGAUGAUGAUGAUGAUGAUGAUGAAGAAGAAGAGGUGGACAAUGUGAUCGAAGACGACAAUGACGACGAUGUAAUCAUUGAACCAAGAUCGCCUCCUGUGUUUCAGAGGAAAUGCCAAGGAGAGGAGAGCCCCAUCAAUAUCAUUAAAGUGGAAUCAGUGGACGAUCGAAUGCAGAUGUCUCAAAAUUUACAGAGUGGUCCUGCUCGGUCCCCUGCACUGUGCUCCCCAGAGCCCCAGCACUCGCUCAUUAACUCGACCGUAGAGACGCGGCCUGCUGAGAUGGCCCCUAAUGCCAUUCUCGACUAUGCGCUCUCCUCUCCUGGACCCAGCGGCUUGGGGAAGGAGAAUGUGUGGAGCUGUUCUCGGAAUACUGACAAAGGCAUGCAAUGGUACCACCAGUGCCCAAAAUGCGCCCGCGUCUUCCGCCAGUUAGAGAACUAUGCCAACCACCUGAAGAUGCACAAGCUGUUUAUGUGCCUCCUCUGUGGCAAGACAUUUACCCAGAAAGGGAACCUGCACCGGCACAUGCGCGUCCAUGCCGGAAUCAAGCCAUUCCAGUGCAAAAUUUGUGGCAAGACAUUCACGCAAAAGUGCUCACUGCUUGACCACUUGAACCUGCACAGCGGCGACAAACCGCACCGCUGCAACUACUGUGAAAUGGUGUUCGCUCACAAACCUGUCCUGCGCAAACAUUUGAAGCAGAUCCAUGGCAAGAACAGUUUUGACAAUGCCAAUGAAGGUAGUAUGCUUGAAGGGUUUUAAAUCUACAGUACUAUGGCUACUAAAAACUUGUGUAAAGUCCUUUAUGGUUUAUAAAACUGAAAAUCAUCCUGUAUAUAUGGCCUUUUAUGCACACAAAUUGUUAAAUAUGUACCCAUCAUAUGAACUAGGGCUGGACGAUUAAUCGAAACCGAAAUUCAGAACCUCUAACCGACGUAAUUUCCCCUUGGUGAUUAUUUCAUUUUUAAAAUCCUGUUACUACUUUCUCCUUAAGAACAUACCACCGCAUAUGUAGUCACGUGACUACGCACCAUCCAGUCAGUGGCAUGGAAGCAACUCGGAGGUGGACUCAAACACAGAGUCAACUGAGCAACAGGAGCAGCUUGUAUCAAAGAAAAACGCUGUGUCUGUUUGGACGCAUUUUUGCUUCAGUAAAAGAGACACCAAACAAAAUGAUGUCAAAUGUAAACAUUGCAAAAAACCGUUCUGGUAAUACGGUUUAUUGGUGAUAAUACCGCCAAUCUGUUUCAACACUUGCAGCACAAUCACAUUACCGAAUAUGAACAGUGCAUGGCUCAAAAAAAAGAGAGACUGACAAGCACUCAGCAACAAGUGCCUCCACAAAGCAUGUGUCGAUAACACAAGCAUUUAAAAACUGCUACACAAUAUGAAAAAGAUUCAAGAAGAUGGAAAGAAAUAACUGAUGCCAUUUGUUACUGCAUCGUGAAAGAUAUGGCUCCCAUAGCUACAGUGGAGCGCAGUGGGUUUAAAUACCUCGUUAAAACUCUCGACAGAACAUAGACUAUGCCAUUGCAACUAUAUUUUUCCCCAAACUGCACUGGCCAACAUGUACAAAACGUCAUAAAAAGGUAGCUGCUGCACUGAAGUCUGCAGUUUGCAGCCACAUCUGAUCUCUGCUCAAGUAGGACCAUAGUUUACAUAGUUUACAUAGUUUAAUAGUAUAGAAUAGUAGCUGAAUAAUUUGUUUCCUUCAAUUAUUUUGAAGUCAAAAAGAUAAGAAAUGCACGCUUUCAUUAGAAAAAAAUAUCCCAACUUUAAUAGUUGAGCAUAUUCACAGUACAAACCUUGUCAGUAAACUAUGAGGGCAACCCAGCCCCCCCCC